UCCAUAACUUCUGGUCUCCUCUUCUUUCAUUUUCUAAGCUCAAUAUGGCUUUUGCACGGCACUAAUUCCAUCCCGUAUUACAUGCAGGUCCCAACCGUCAUCGAUCGAACCCGUCAUCGAGACCGCACAAUUCUGACUCAAUCGCGGGAGUUGGAUCUCAGAGCAAUCUCCAUGUCAGGAAAUGCUCUGGGGACCCUCUGCACCUUCAAUGGCCUGCCUUUCUUCUCACCCACUGGUCAGCAGUGGAUCAAGUCACGCACUGGCGAAGACGUGAACCUAGCUCACAUGUCGCCAAAGCCAUCUACAUCCAACCAAGUGACAUCCACAGGCGUUCCACAUUCCGUAGCGCUUCCGGAGAAAGAGGUCGUGAUUCAACUGCUUGACGAAUGGGGACCUUCGAUUCUCUCUAGGCUCUUCCCGUUCAUAAACCGGGAGCUUCUUGAAUUCACAAUCAAGGCUGCCUACCAUGAUGAAGUCAGCGUCUCUUCUCCUGGGGCCGACAGUGCUCGGGCUUGUAUUCACGCAUUCACAGCCGUGUGCUUGUCGUCCUCAAUAUACCGUGGACACGAAGUCAUGCAUGCAGAGGAUCAUGUUCAUGCAGCUUACAAAUUGCUGCCUGGAUUACUGAUUGAAUUGGUUACCUUGGACGGUCUACAGACUGUCUUGAUGCUAUGCCUCUGCUCAUUGGUAGUCACUGGAAAUAUAUUCUAUCUCGAGAUGCUGUUAGCGACUUCAUCACGAUUCGUCUUUCAUCUGAAUGGGCAUCUUGCCCCAGUUUACAUCAAUGACGACCUCCAAUUCAAGACAAAGUUGCAUACCCGCACAUUGUUUUGGAUAUGUUACAUCACGGAUAAGGAGUUUAGUCUACGGACUGGCCAUCCGCCGUGCCUGGAUGAGACUCAUUGUGAUCUCACUCUCCCUGACAUCCAGCAGACCACUCAGGAGUUUCUCACCUGUAUACGUCUUGCUAUUCUUCUAUCUCAAGUAUACCACGGUCUGUAUUCCAUGAAAGCCCUGCAUGGGACUGAUAAUCAACUACUGGGCACCAUUCGCGAUCUCGACAAUGCCUUGGAAACCUGGAGAAUGUCUAUCCCCGCUCGCAAUCGGCCACGGCUCAUCGAUCGGGAAACAGACGUCAUCAGUACACCCAAUACACUCAUCCAACUACAAUACCUAUACUGCAUGGCCAUGAUCCAUCAUGCCAGCGGAAAGUGUUCUGUCUGGGUCCAAAACCAUGACACGUCCGAAGCGGGCUCUAGCCUUGCCAUUAGCGUUGAAGCCAGUCGAUCGAUGCUGCAGAAAUUCCUUGAUGACUGUUUUCACUUUGAUAAGAACAACCUGAGGUAUGCGCACGUUGUAUUUAGUUCCACCUUCCAAACAGCUAAACUGCGUCGCAGGUUCUGUCUACCCUAUUUUCUGACGGCCAUCUGCCAUCUCUUCUCCAAUAUCCUUCUCAAUCCAUUGGACGAAGGCAGCGACGACGAUCUGGAUUUGAUCAGGUCGGUCCCAACUCAUAUACGAGACCGCUUACCGCCGGAGAUCCCGCGAUUAUCAUCUCAUCAGGUCAAGCUCUUUGAGGAUUUCGUGAUGGAAUUAGGACGCCUCGCGUCCAGCGCUGUCAACAAGGCGCAAGAAUUAUUUGAAGCAAAUAACUGAAGCUUGUUGUCUCUAAUGUACACGGCAAAGUAUAGUCCAGUAACAGUAGAUUGAUAGAGGCGUAAUCGUGCUGGAUCCCACUGCCAGCGGGCUGGCUCGCUUCGCCUGUGUUGCGUGCUGCCAUUAUCGUUUGCAUAUAGACAUAUGCGGGCAUGAGGUUUUGCGCAUUGUCAGGUGGUUUCCACGUCAGGCCUAGGAUGUUGCUGUCACAACACCAGACACGACCCAACAGCACGUAGCCAGACGGGUUGUAGUUCGAGGAUGCAGAGCUAGCAGCAGAGCCAGAC